AUGUGGAAGGCAGCAGCAGGUCAGUCCGUUACCGUGGCGGUGGAUGAUGGAGGUGACGACUGGGAGACAGACCCAGACUUUGAGGUAAGUCAACCACGGUAAUGAAGUCCCACUUUGGUUUCAGUCCAGAGCAAUGGAUGUUUUUCACCUGUUUCUGCUAUUUCCUCUCAUCUUAUUAACACCUCACCAUAUCCUCUCCUCCCUCUUUACUCCGUGCCCACUCUUUCUUUUACUAUUCCUCCUCUUCCUCUCCAUGUUCCUCUGCCCCCCCCCCCCCCCCCCCCCCCUUUCCCUAUUAUAUCUUCCUCUUUCCUCUCCUUCCCCGCUGACCCCUUGCUCCUUGUUUCCGUGCUAACAGAAUGACAUUUCAGAGAAGGAGCAGCGGUGGGGGGCCAAGACGGUGGAAGGCUCCGGUCACCAGGAACACAUUAAGUGAGUACCACUGCUGCCUUCAUCAUCCUUAUCAACAACAGUUUUCAUCAUCAGCGUCAGUACCAUUUCAAACAUGAUCAUCUCAACGUCAUUGUAAUCAUGAUCUUCACAUUGUCUACCUGUCUGAUUCAUACGUCUUUGGUCAUUUCAUUAUUCAGUUAACUUUUUUUUGUUGUUGACCUUUCAUAAGGUUUUUGAGGAUGGUCAGUGAAGCCCAGUCAUUCUUACCCCAUUAUUUCUCCCCCUCCUCCCCCUCUUUUCCCUCCUACCCCCCUCUCCAGUAUCCACCAGCUGCGUGAGAACGUGUCAUCGGAGCACAGUGACCUGAGGCAGAAGGAGCAGGCCACCAUGCCCAAGGCCUCGGACGGCUAUGGGGGCAAGUUUGGGGUGCAGCAGGACCGCAUGGACAAGGUGAGUGGUGACCAUAGUAAUAGAAUUACUAGAACGGGAAAUGCCCCUCAGACCACAGCAAUUUGAUUGUAUUUUUUUAUUUUGGUGACCAUAUCUGUAGAAAAGCUGCUUAUCCAAUGAUUCAAAGCCCAGGACCCAACAGCUGAUCGAUAUUACAACAGUCUCCAGAGGGAGGGCGGGAACAUUCUUUUGAAAUGGAAUUAGUUUAACCUGAUCUGAUUGGCAUAACAUUGGCAAUUGCAUUUCAGUCUUCUACUGAUAUGUUUACUUUUACACACACGCAGGAAUGUUGCCGUGCGUUGAUUGGGAUUUGUGGCAAAAGCAGCUGAGCUAAUCAUUGCUGUUUGAGUCUUGUGUUGUUAUCCACAAUGCUCUAGCUCUCUCUUAACUAUCUCUCUCUCUCUGUUUGUGUGCACUGUUUUACCGUGUAUGCGUGUAUAUGUAUGCAUGUGUGUGUAAUGUGUGACCGUGAGCAGGCAGUGGGCCAUUUGACCCACCCCCCUCACUCUGCCAGCACACUGGUCAGUGUGUUGUGAAUGUUAUGACCCAGCACUGUUUACCCCACUGUGUCUGUGUGUGACUCAGCUGUCAACACCUGAUCAAACCACUGCAUACCCUGCAGUCAGCCUCACACUGUUUGCAUUUAUUCACCUCUCUCUCCCUCUUUCCCUCUCUCUUUCUCUCGGUCUCCCUCUGUCUCUUUGACUCCCUCUCCCUCUCCAAGUCUGCGGUGGGCCAUGAGUACCAGAGUAAGCUGUCCAAGCACUGCUCUCAGACAGACACAUCCAAAGGCUUCGGGGGGAAGUUUGGAGUGCAGGGCGACCGCGUCGACAAGGUAUGCUCAUCACGGUCACAUUGGGCUCUCACGGUCAGGUCACAUGGUCAGGAAAAAACUCCUGACCCUACUCAUGACUACACAGUGAUUUUAGGUCUGAAUGCUAACUUGACAUCUGUAUGAUGUGGCAUUUUGGGACAUAUCUCCCUUGUAAGAUAUAGUUUGAGGGACCCAAUAGGAAUACCCAAUUUAUAGGAUGAAUGAAAAUAAUAGAAUUUGAGUAAGUGCCCAUCUCUCAAGGUGUGUCAUUUAGAUGAGAAUAUUUGAAUAGCAAGAAAAGAUACUGGAUGAUGGUGCUGAGAAAUGCUGCGUUCUCCUUUGGCUGGUGACUUUGCUAACAUCAACAUGGAGAUCUCCUCUCCCUUUUCAGUCCGCCGUCGGGUUUGACUAUGCCGGGAAGACUGAGAAACACGCGUCGCAGAAAGGUGAUUUUACACGGUCUGUUAAAACGGGCAAACAACACAAGUUGAACAGUUCAAUGUUUUGUAACUCUGGGUAGAAGUUGCACAAUUUGCUCUGAUCUAAGAUCAGCUCACCAUCCUUAGUCCCCACAAAUCCUAACUGUAUCCAUCAGGGGGUAAAAGGCCAAACUGACUUGAGCAUUCUGAAUACACCCUAGUUGUUUCGACACUUCACAUAGUUCCGAAGUUUCUGCUCUGUAGACCAUCUGGAUGUAAUAGUAUCUGGCCCAGCCAGACCUUUAUGGUAUAAGGAUGGGUGGCUCUUAGCUCUCAGUGCUCCCCACUCCAGCUGCACCCCUGUGAUUCUGUGCUGUGACCACCAUUGUUCCUUACCCCCCUCUAGUUGCUAGCGCUAUGUGCCCAAUCCCAAAUGAACCCCUAGCUCCUACUGCGUAAGGCACUUGGAUCUAAAAUGACUACAUAGGUGUAAGCAAGAUGACAACAGCUCCACCUUGCCCUCUGAUAGGCUAGGUGGAAAUGUACCCAUAUUGCUCACACCUAUCCUAUUAAACAAUCUGAAUCUGAAUUUUACACCAGAUACUACUUUAAGUGCCUAGAUGAUAUGGGCUAGGGGUUGAUUUUGGAUUGAGUAUUCAUCACUGCAGCCACCACUCCCUGCUUCAUUCUUGACCUUUGACCCCUCCCCCUGCUUUGAUGUGCAGACUACUCCACAGGGUUUGGGGGGAAAUACGGGGUGCAGGCAGACCGCGUGGACAAGACUGCAAUGGGCUUUGAAUACCAGGGCAAAACUGAAAAACACGACUCCCAGAAAGGUUUGUGUAGCGAGUAAAACACACAUCAUUUGUACAUGGGCACACCCACAUACAUUCGUGCACACAUGCAUUAGUGGGGAAAAAAUAUAGCGAAAGUUACGUCCGAGAAAGGUUUGUGUAGCAUAACAUGAGUACACAUACACACACUGAGGGCAAAGUAGGGAAAUACAGUCUGUCCUGGUGUCUCACACACAUAGUAUUUAUGAAGGCAAAACCUGCUACAGAGUAUGUAUCAUUGCCUUGCUGCACCCCCCUACCCACACAAACACCCGCCCACGCUCUGUGUGUGUGUGUGUGUGUGUGUGUGUGUGUGUGUGUGUGCGUGCGCAGGUCAAAGCCAGCCACAUUGAUGUCUGAGCUUUUUUUUUACUCCUUGAUUACAUUAUUUUACAGCAGUAGUCAGCAACCCUGGUCCUGGAGAGCUACUGGGUCGAUCCACCAAUUCAGUGCCUUUUUGAUUUCUCCUCAUUUUAGCAUUCUGUCAUAAAGAACACAUGUUAAACUUAAUAACAAACACGUUUUCCCAUCUCAAGAGGUUACAUAAAAAAAUGACUAUAGAAAGUGCCUAUUAAGUGUCAAAUAAAGUAACAGGGUUGACGAUUUCAUCGUAAAUCAGCCAUGAAUCCCUUUGUGACAGUGGGAAUGGAAGCUUGUUAUGUGCAACGGGGAGGGGCAAUUGAAUGCAAGCUUUACAAAAAACAAUUCUGGCCUGGAUGUGUAACAGGGUUGACAUGACUAUUGGAUGUUUAGUGUUUCUAUAAAAAAUUUAACAUUAAUAUGUGUAUAUAUAAAGGAAUAGUUUCACCAUAUUAAAACGUUUUCUUUUCACGUACUGGCAUUAACCUUAAAAUGAGAGACAGACGUACAUUAAUCACAUGAAAUAAAUAAUCUUCAGAAAUUACUUUGUCAAAGCAACAAUAUAACUAGGGCUUUACAGUGAUGGGAACUUGGGUAAAAAAAGUAAUUAAGUGAGUUGAAAUCUUCCUAGAAGUGACACAGGGUUGACAGAGGGACAUAUCAAAAUGAUGAAUUUGGCACUUUAACAAGCCUUUAUUCAUAUAAAAAAAUAGAUUAAUUAAGCCAUUAUUCAAAUAAAAAAAUGUAUUAAUUGAAUUUUCCAUGUGGUCUAUUUUAAAAGGCACUUCAUUUUUAUAUAACAGGCUUUUAAAAAUCAAUAUUUCUGCCCAAUUUCUACUUAAAAUAUCGAAGGGAUGCAAAAGGCAGUCAUUUCGUGGAACAACCCUACAGGAUGUGCAGGCUUUAGUUCCGGCCUAGAUCUGACACACCUAAUUCGGCUUAUUAAGGUUUUGAUGAUAUGUUGUUUUUUAUUGCUGGGCUGGAACAAAUACCUGCACAUCCUGUAGCUCUCCACAACCAAGGUUGAAGCCCACCGGUUUACAGUGUUGCAAUGUUCUUGCUAAAUAUUAGGCUGCCAAAUUCAUGGCUUUGUUGUGUUUUAGCUUGAUCAGCUGCUGUACAGUGUUUGCUAAACAUGGUUUUUGGACUGUAUGACAGUGAAUAACACUUGCCUGUGUAUAUAGGAUAUAGAAUGGGUAUCCAGAUGGGACUUUGACUGAACUCUGAAUUCUCUGCCUUGGGGGCAAGCCCAACAAAUUUUUUUCUAUGAAUAACUAUAUCUGCUAUUUUCCCAACCACUUUCCCGGGUAUCAUCAGAUUACACCAAAGGUUUUGGCGGGAAGUUCGGAGUGGAGACGGACAAGGUGGACAAGAGCGCCUUGGGCUUUGAGUACCAGGGCAAAACAGAGAAGCACGAGUCUCAGAAAGGUGUAUGUCCCUUUGUCUCACACACACACACACACACACAAGGCUUGGGCGGUAUCCAGAUUGUCAUACCUUCAUACCGACCUUGUGCAAUACCGGGAUAUUCAGUAAUACCGGCACUGAACACAAGGGGCGCUGUUUUCAAACCCCACUGAUUGUCCCAGGGACAAUGCUAAUUAAAUGCUAACAAGCACAUUACGAACAUUGUAUACAGUCUCUGACCUAAACAAAACAAGUAACAAACAAAUGCUGCUCACAGUUUGCUGCACGCACAAAACAAAUAUUAGACAGCAAGGCUGUUGAUCCAGGAGGUGAUUCUCUGCUGUUACUCUGCUUGAUUUUGGAGGAAGCUAGUCAGUUAGGCAGAUAGCUAACUAGCUACUAACUUAGCACAUUAAAUGUACAACUGCAGAGCAUUUAUCACAUUUUAGACAGUUAACUUAAUAGUUAUAAGAUAUCUAGCUGGCAAAACAUUUAGUUAUGAAUUCCAUACUGUAAUUAGAUCACCUGGAGCAUGCUGCACAACAGUGAGUGACUCACAAGGCUCCGGUCUCGUUGUUCUGUGCUUGUAAACAAACACCACGUGACUGGGGACUACUGGUAAGUUUCAUAAUGAAAAAUUAUGUGACAGGUAAAAUGAAGAAUGCAAUCUUUAUGUCCUAACAUAUUGCACAAGUUAACUGCAGAUAUUUACUUAAAAAGUAUCUACAAAUAUUAAUUUAUUAAAACACAGAAAUAGAUUAAAUGGUAUUGACAAACCAUCCCAUGGUGUACCGCCUAAGCCUUAUGCACACACACAUUAACUUGUUUUUCUAUUGUGCCUGUGUAACAAGUGGGAUGAGGAGAGACAGUGUGGGGCUGUAGAUAUCUGACAAGUGUACUACACCCCCUUCAGCUCUGAUCAGACUUGUUUCUCUCUUCCAGGCUUUUCUCUACAGUGCCCCAAAUAUCCUACUAGCUAAAUAGUUCUGCUUGUAGGAUCUUGUUUUCAAGCUCUCCCGACGGCCUGGAAAAAUGUUACCUUAUCAUUAGCUUUCCCUCACUGAUUAUGCAAUCCCAGGCUGAGUGUAUCAGCUGGUAAUCUUCCAUUGUUACCCAUACUGCACCAAGGCGGUGUUUACAGCCCAGGUGUUGGUCACACGAUGGUUGAGAUGGUGGCUCAGACACGGGUACCAGAAUCCCUACACAGUAGCCAUUUUGUAGUGCAGAAUGUUAUCCGGUAUUGUACUGUAUGCCAAUCAGCCAUUGACUGAAUUAUCCAACUUGGGCCUACCUACAUUGCACUUUUAUUUGUAUUUUACCUCCUUUUUCUCCCAAUCUCAUCGCUACAACUCCCCAACGGGCUCGGGAGAGGUGAAGGUCGAGUCAUGUGUCCUCCGAACCGCGCUCCUUAACACCCACCCGCUUAACCUGGAAGCCAGCUGCACCAAUGUGUCAGAGGAAACACCGUUCAACUGGCGACAGCCUGCAGGCGCCCGGCCCGCCACAAGCAGUCGCUAGAGCGCGAUGAGCCAAGUAAAGCCCCUCCGACCAAAGCAUCCCCUAACCCGGACGACGCUGUGCCAAUUGUGCACCGUCCUAUGGGACUCCCGGUCACGGCUGGUUGUGUGACAGCCCGGGAUCGAACCCGGGUCUGUAGUGACGCCUCAAGCACUAUGGUGCAGUGCCUUAGACCGCUGCGCCACUCGGGAGACACAUCCUACUUUGCACUUUAGUAUCCAUGCUGAUAUUCUCCGUGCCCUUCACAGAUUACGUGAAGGGCUUUGGUGGCAAGUUUGGCGUGCAGACGGACAGACAGGACAAGUCGGCCUUGGGAUGGGACCACCAGGAGAAACUGCAGCUCCAUGAGUCACAGAAAGGUACCCGUGUUUGACCUGUGUUUACCCUGUGUUUACAAACGUUUUAUUCCACCUAACACCUAACCUUAGUAGCAGGAAAACGCACACAGGAAAUGUGUUCACAUCCUAACCCACCCACCCAACACACUUUUUACUGAUGUGGUUAUUUUGUGGUUUUACUAUUGAGUCAUUGAGGUUAAAGUAUUUCCUUUGUCUGGUGCCGUGGCAUCUGCCACAGGCUCAUAAUAGAAGAAGUGAGAACAGACAGAGGACUGAUCAGUCUAGCGCUCAGGCUGGACUUACUGGAUGUGCAUAGCACCUUGGUUCUUUUUGGUUUAAGUUGUUGACAAAGUUUUUCAUUUGAUGUGUGUUUUAUGUACUGUAAUUCUGUAUGUUUCUAUUCUGUGUGUGUAUGCUUUUAUAUACUGUAUGUAGUAAGUAAGGCACGAUCGCUAUGUGUGUGUGUGUGCGUACGUCUCUGUGUGUGUGUGUGUGUGUUUGGUCUGAGUGCGGCAGGACCUGUGUACUUGUUUAAAUCUGUAUGUAAAUGUCUGUUUGUGCCUAUACAGUUGAAGUCUGAAGUUUACAUACACCUUAGCCAAAUACAUUUAAACUCAGUUUUUCACAAUUCCUGACAUUUAAUCCUAGUAAAAAUUCCUUGUCUUAGGUCAGUUAGGAUCACCACUUUAUUUUAAGAAUGUGAAAUGUCAGAAUAAUAGUAGAGAGAAUUAUUUAUUUCAGCUUUUAUUUAUUUCAUCACAUUCCCAGUGGGUCAGAAGUUUACAUACACUCAAUUAGUAUUUGGUAGCAUUGCCUUAAACAAUUUAAACUUCGGUCAAACAUUUUGGGUAGCCUUCCACAAGCUUCCCACAAUAAGUUGGGUGAAUUUUGGCCCAUUCCUCCUGACAGAGCUGGUGUAACUGAGUCAGGUUUGUAGGCCUCCUUGCUCGCACACGCUUUUUCAGUUCUGCCCACAAAUGUUCUAUAGGAUUGAGGUCAGGGCUUUGUGAUGGCCACUCCAAUACCUUGAGUUUGUUGUCCUUAAGCCAUUUUGCCACAACUUUGGAAGAAUGCUUGGGGUCAUUGUCCAUUUGGAAGACCCAUUUGCGACUAAGCUUUAACUUCCUGACUGAUGUCUUGAGAUGUUGCUUCAAUAUAUCCACAUAAUUUUCCUUCCUCAUGAUGCCAUCUCUUUUGUGAAGCGCACCAGUCCCUCCUGCAGCAAAGCACCCCCACAGCAUGAUGCUGCCACCCCCGUGCUUCACGGUUGGGAUGGUGUUCUUCGGCUUGCAAGGAUCCCCCUUUUUCCUCCAAACAUAAUGAUGGUCAUUUUGGCCAAACAGUUCUAUUUUUGUUUCAUCAGACAAGAGGACAUUUCUCCAAAAAGUAAGGUCUUUGUCCCCAUGUGCAGUUGCAAACCGUAGACUGGCUUUUUUAUGGUGGUUUUGGAGCAGUGGCUUCUUCCUUGCUGAGCGGCCUUUCAGGUUAUGUCGAUAUAGGACUCGUUUUACUGUGGAUAUAGAUACUUUUGUACCUGUUUCCUCCAGCAUCUUUACAAGGUCAUUUGCUGCUGUUCUGGGAUUGAUUUGCACUUUUCGCACCAAAGUACGUUCAUCUCUAGGAGACAGAACACGUCUCCUUCCUGAGCGGUAUGACGGCUACGUGGUCCCAUGGUGUUUAUACUUGCGCACUAUUGUUUGUACAGAUGAACGUGGUACCUUCAGGCGUUUGGAAAUUGCUCCCAAGGAUGAACCAGACUUGUGGAGGUCUACAAUUUCUUUUCAUGGCUGAUUUCUUUUGAUUUUCCCAUGAUGUCAAGCAAAGAGGCACUGAGUUUGAAGGUAGACCUUGAAAUACAUCCACAGGUACACUUCCAAUUGACUCAUGAUGUCAAUUAGCCUAUCAGAAGCUUCUAAAGCCAUGACAUCAUUUUCUGGAGUUUUCCGAGCUAUUUAAAGGCACAGUCAACUUAGUGUAUGUAAACUUCUGACCCACUGAAUUUGUGAUACAGUGAAUUAUAAGUGAAAUAAUCUGUCUGUAAACAAUUGUUGGAAAAAUUACUUGUCAUGCACAAAGUAGAUGUCCUAACCGACUUGCCAAAACUAUAGUUUGUUAACAAGAAAUCUGUGGAGUGGUUGAAAAACAAGUUUUAAUGACUCCAACCUAAGUGUAUGUAAACUUCCGACUUCAACUGUAUAUACUCUGUGUGUUUGUAUGUGUGUGUCUAUAUAUGUAUAUGUUUGUGUGUAUUGUAUUGUUUCAGACUAUAAGCGUGGGUUCGGAGGGCAGUAUGGGGUAGAGCUGGAGAAGCAAGACCAGUGUGCCCUGGGUUAUGAGCACAAGGAGAGGCUGGCCAAGCACGAGUCUCAGCAAGGCACAGCACACACCGUCCCUCCUUUUCUUUCCAAAGUUUAUUUUUUUGCCCCAGAACUGUUUUGGAAUGUCUAAAGCGCCUUUGCCCUUUACCCGUCCCCCUUCAAAACAUCACCCCUGUACAAACUACCCCCAGGGCCGGACGAUAUCGACAAAAAUAGAUAUUCAUCACCAAUAGCAAUAAUAUACAUUCAUUCUUUCAUUCAUUCAUUCAUUACCAGUCAAAAGUUUGGACACCUACUCAUUCCAGGGUUUUUUUUUAUUUUUACUAUUUUCUACACCGGUGCAAAUUUGGACACAUUUCCACCUGUCUAAUGUCCAUUGCUCGUGUUUCUUGUCCCAAGCAGGUCUCUUCUUCUUAUUGGUGUCAUUUAGUAGUGGUUUCUUUGCAGCAAUUCGACCAUGAAGGCCUGAUUCACACAGUCCCCUCUGAACAGUUGAUAUUGAGAUGUGUCGGUUACUUGAACUCUGAAGCAUUUAUUUGGGCUGCAAUUUCUGAGGCUGGUAACUCUAAUGAACAUAUCCUCUGCAGCAGAGGUAACUCUGGGUCUUCCAUUCCUGUGGCAGGUCCUCAUGAGAGCCAGGUUCAUCAUAGUGCCUGAUCAAUUUUGCGACUGCACUUGAAGAAACUUUUGGUAUUGACUGACCUUCGUGUCUUAAAGUAUUGAUGAACUGUUUUCUCUUUGCUUAUUUGAGCUGUUCUUGCCAUAAUAUGGACUUGGUCUUUACCAAAUAGGGCUAUCUUAUGUAUACCCCCCUAUCUAUACCCCCCCCACCAUGUCACAACACAACUAAUUGGCUCAAACGCAUUAAGAAGAAUAGAAAUUCCACAAGCGUAAUGAGAGCUGUUCAAUGGGGUUGAGGUCAGGGCUCUGUGCAGGCCAGUCAAGUUCUUCCACACCGAUCUCGACAAACCAUUUCUGUAUGGACCUCGCUUUGUGCACGGGGGCAUUGUCAUGCUGAAAUGGCUAAGGGCCUUCCCCAAAUUGUUGCCACAAAGCUGGAAGCACAGAAUUGUCUAGAAUGUCUUUGUAUGCUGUAGCGUUAAGAUUUUCCUUCACUGGAACUAAGGGGCCUAGCCUGAACGUUACAGUUGGCACUAUGCAUUGGGGCAGGUAGCGUUCUCCUGGAAUCCUUCAAACCCAGAUUAAUCUGUCGGACUGCCAGUGAUUCAUCACUCCAAAGAACGCAUUUUCCACUGCUCCAGAGUCCAAUGACAGCGAGCUUUACACCACUCCAACCGACGCUUGGCAUUGCGCAUGGUGAUAUUAGACUUGUGUGCGGCUGCUUCGCCAUGGAAACCCAUUUCACGAAUCUCCUGACGAACAGUUAUUGUGCUGACGUUGCUUCCAGAGGCAGUUUGGAACUCGGUAGUGAGGUGUUGCAACCGAGGACAGACAAUUUUUAUGUGCUACGUGCUUCAUCACUCGGUGGUCCCGUUCUGUGAGCUUGUUUGGCCUACCACUUUACGGCUGAACUGUUGUUGCUCCUAGAUGUUUCCACUUAAUAACAGCACUUACAGUUGAUUGGGGCAGCUCUAGCAGGGCAGAAAUUUGACUUGUUGGAAAGGUGGCAUCCUAUGACGGUGCCACGUUGAAAGUCACUGAGCUCUUCAGUAAGGCCAUUCUAUGGGCAAUGUUUGUCUAUGGAGAUUUCAUGGCUGUGUGCUCGAUUAUAUACACUGAGUGUGGCUGAACUAGCCGAAUCAACUAAUUUGAAGGGAUGUCCACAUACUUUUGUGUGUGUAUAUAGAUCGAUAAACAAACUUGUAGGAUCCUAGGAUAUAAUUGGUAUUAUAAAUACAUUUAAAUACAUUCCUAUUGUAUGGUAACGCAACCACACAUAAAUCCAAGUUGGCUACAAUGGCUACAGAUUGUAGCCAACUUGUAUUCCACGAUAUUCACGCUACAACUGGCAAAAUACUCAUCAGUGCACAUCUUUAUCGCGAUACCGACAAAUACACAAUGAUCGCCCAGCCCUACCCUUCCUCCAUUGUCAGCAUUUUUAUUUUAUUUUAUGCUCUUUCACAGGUCUGCAUGCCUUUUUUACUUUAACCCUUUCUUAAUUUUAAGCGAUAGUUCACCCGUAAAGUGAUUCUUUAGGGAACUAUCAAUUGAAUUUGUGAAUUAAAGGCACACUAACUAUUUAUUGUCUGCUGUUUACAGACUACUCCCAUGGGUUCGGAGGGAAGUUUGGCGUCCAGAAGGACAGAAUGGAUAAGGUACAUUGUCUCUAUACCUAAUAUCUGAAGACUGGGGAUUUCUGAACUAUUGUGUGUAGUUACUCUCCUCCAUCUCAUUUGAAUGGCAGAGUGCAGGUAACUUUGAGGAUGUGGAGAAACCAAGCCCUGCCUACCAGAGGACCAAGCCUGUGGAAACUGGUAAGUAACCACAAAACCAGCAUGUGUGUGUUAAUGUGCGAUAUGUUUGUCAAGAUCAUUGCAAAAUAUGAAUUUGAACCACUGGUUUGAUUAUGAUCCGCCCUCCUUAGCUGGCAGCAGCACGGGCAGCAUCAAGGCCCGCUUCGAGAACAUCGCCAAGCAGAAGGAGGAGGAGGACAAGAAGCGGGCGGAUGAGGAGAGAACCCGCCGCCAGGCCAAGGAGAAGCAGGAGCAAGAGGAGGCGCGGCGCAAGAUAGAGGAGACAGCCAAAGCCAAGCCUGCCUCCCCGGCUCCUGAGCCCAGCCCUACCAUUCGCCCUGCCCAGCAAGCCGCACCUUCGCCUGUAUCUGCAGCCGCCGACCCAGUUUACCAGGUGAAUGACAACAGGUUCCACCAUUCACUGCACUCCCACAAAUGCCUGUUUGCUUAACAUGCCUACAUGCUCAUCACUUUUUUUUGCCAGUAGUUAGUUUGCUGAGUAAAAUAUGGAUGAGUACAUCCUUCAAAAAUGGAUGAAAUCAAUCCUUCAUGCAGUUUAGUGACAUUGGCGUGAACAAGGAUGAUCUGAUUUAUUCCAAUGCCGCAGUCUUCUCGCUUUUCCUUUGUGACUUUCCUUACCAUGCUUUCUGUGAUGUUUUCAUAGAGGAAGAAAAAGAAGGUAAAGUCCCCAAAAUUGAAAAACAUUCAGUUAAGGAGGAAUUUGAAUUGACCCAGGGAGCUAUUAUCUGACGGUGUUUCUCCCUCUGCUGGCUGAGUCAGGACUCUGGUGUGUACGAGGAUCCUGCAGCAGCGGAGAAUGGGGAGGAGCUGUACGAGGCAGAGCCUAACUCCCGGCCCUCUGCCGAGCAGAUGUAUGAGGAGCCUCCCGCCCAGGAGGAGGCGCUAUACCAGAGUCCUGACGAGACAGGAGGUGAGAGAAUGAGAGUGAACGAGGUGAGGGGGGAGGAGCAGGAUAUUUUUAGUGCCAUUUGCUGAGUCACUGUCCCCCUCCUUCAUUGCACUGAUCUGAAAGAACUGACCAGGUGAAAGCCAGCCUAAUGAGAGUUUCUACCUUCUUGUUUUCACCUGUCAAGUAUUUUCCAAUCAGUGCAAAUGAAGGGGAGAGGAUGAGAAAAGGACAUAUUUUUAAGCAAUUGAGAUUGAGCCAUUGGGAGAAUCUCGAUUGGAUCUGCUCAAUUCCUUGCAUCCUCUCCUCGAUUAACUUUGACAUUUUUCAGCAGGAAGUGCGGAGGGGAAUAGAGGAAACGUGGAAACAAAUGCAUGAAAUGACUCUCCUUCUCCAGUAGCGCGUUUCAGGCAAAUUACGUUUACAGAGGAGGAAUCCCUAAAUAUGUGUAAAGUACUAAAAAUAGGAGAGCUAGUGCCAGAGAUGUUAUUGAUAAAAAUAUUACUAGAGUAUUGUUUUUAAUGGUGUGCAUUUGUUCAUCCUACGUGAAAACAACAGCUGAUUCAAAGGGGGUGUGGCGGAUUACAACACUUUUCCCGAUAGUAUACACUUAAGUAUCCUCGGCCGGAAAAGGCUAUCGAGGAGAGGCACAAACUCCUCCGUUCACCUAUUAAUGAAUUGACACUCCCACAUAUGGUGACCACUUAUCGGUUUCAAGGCCAAGAGGGAGAGGAGGACGGAGGAGUCAAGGAGAGGACCGAAUUUUGCCCAAUUGACAAUCUCCCAUUGUGUUUUGUCUUCCUGUGUCCUCUGAAUGAACUGUGACCUUUUCCCUGCAGACGCCAAGACAUAUGAGUACGGGGAGGACUUGGGGGUAACCGCAGUGGCCCUGUAUGACUACCAAGCAGGUGAGUGGAGGCAAGCCCUCUAUAGUCUAUACUUUGAUCAUCACAUCUAUCAAAACCCUCAUUUUUAAGAUCAAUAUAUCCUCAUAAUUACCCCAAAAAUACAGUACUACAAUAGAUACAAUAUAUAAUACAAUACUCAGACACAUUUAUCAUAUAAACAAACCCUUUUGACAUUCUUUAUAAUAUGAGGGCAGUGGAAUGCAAAGUAAACUGAUAUGGAAUGUCUGCCUUCCAGCUGGUGAUGACGAGAUCUCCUUCGACCCUGAUGACAUCAUCACUAACAUUGAGAUGAUUGACGAGGGCUGGUGGAGGGGCGUGUGCCGGGGAGCCUACGGCCUCUUCCCAGCCAAUUACGUUGAGGUUCGGCAAUGA